ACAGAACAACACGAAUAAUUCUAAUAUCUCUACUCCUGAUGCCACCUCUAUGGUAAUCGUGGAAUCAGAUUUGGGAAUGCGUUGCAAGUAUGGCGGAAAAAAAAAGGUACUCGGGGAAAACGCCAAAAUAAAGAAAAACAAUAAUGAAAUUAUUUCUAAGCUCAAAAACAAAAAGCGAAGAGAAUCAUCAAGCACCGUCUCAAACAGACGGCCCGUGAGCAAUAAUGGUACCGAUAUCAAAUGUGACUACAUUAAUAAUAACAACUGUACCGGACGCGCUGAACCAGUUAGCAACAUUCUGGAAUAA